AUGGGUGAUACAAAUACAUUGAAGCAAGCGCCUCCAGCAAUGCCGCAAAGGUCCAAUUCAAGGGAUACGGGAGGUGCUGUGCUGCGUGCAUUGGCUCGUUCGCCUCACUAUAAUGAAAAUUUGCAUCGUGAGGAUUUGAAACCUGUGCCUGCGCUCGAUCUGAAUGACAAGACAGGAGGGUCUAUGUAUGCAAAUCUUGUGUAUGAAUGGGAGGUGCCCCGUAAGCUAUUCCAUUGUAUCACUGGAUUUGUGGUGCUGUAUUUGUACAAGAUGAAUGUCAAUGUCGAGGUUAUUAUCCAGACGCUAUUUAACAUUUUUCUUGUUGUGGCUUCAGCUGACCUACUACGACUCAAUUCACCUACGUUUGAGCGUUUCUUCGAAAGUAUAUUAAGCGUGCUGAUGCGUGAAAGUGAGAAAGAGCGUGUUAAUGGCGUCGUGUGGUACCUCAUCGGUGUCAUGACUAGCUUGCACUUUUUCCCUGAGGAUAUUGCUAGUGUGUCGAUUAUUGUACUUUCAUGGUGUGAUCCGGCCGCAUCCACGUUCGGACGUAUGUUCGGAAAAUGCACACCGUCACUACCCGGUGGCAUUUUUGCACGCCGCAAAUCGCUAGCAGGCUUCCUGGCCGCAUGGGCGGUUGGCUCAUUGAUUGCUUAUUUGUUUUGGGGUGCCGGCAUUGCCAAGGCAGGUGAGCGUGCGUCGGGUUUGUCUUGGGAACCUGCCUCGAAUGCUAUGUUCGGCACUGCCCUAAUGCCUGACGCACUUCGCACCGGCUGGCGUGGCUUUGCCCGUGGCUUUGCCGUCACUGACUCUAAUUUUGCAGAAAGAUUGAGGAACCUAACACGACCUCGGAUACCUGCAAUGCCUCCUAUUUUGAUGUUUACAUUAUGCGGCCUGAUUGCUGCUAUGACAGAAGCACUUGAGCUUGGUGGACUAGACGACAAUGUCGCCAUCCCCAUCCUUUUUAGCUUCCUUCUCUGGUUUUCACUAUGGGCCUGGGGUCAAAUUAUGUCGUCUAUGUCUCUCCUUUAA